CGUAGUGUUUGAAUUUGCAGCUCUGCUCUGUCUCUCUCAGUUCUCUGUAUCAUCCAUCACGUGACCUUCUCUCUUUCCCAGUCCCUGUCUCAAUUUUCUCUUACACUCAGACAAGCAAAAGAGUUUGUGUGUGUGGAUAUAAAGAAAGAAAAUGCAGCAGCACCUGAUGCAGAUGCAGCCCAUGAUGGCAGCUUAUUAUCCCAACAACGUCACUACUGAUCAUAUUCAACAGUAUCUUGAUGAAAACAAGUCACUGAUCUUAAAGAUUGUCGAGAGCCAGAAUUCUGGGAAAUUGAGUGAAUGUGCUGAGAACCAAGCAAGGCUGCAGCGAAACCUCAUGUACCUGGCUGCAAUUGCGGAUUCUCAACCCCAACCACCCACGGUGCAUGCGCAGUUUCCAUCCGGUGGUAUUAUGCAGCCAGGAGCUGGACACUACAUGCAGCACCAACAAGCUCAACAGAUGACGCAGCAAUCGCUUAUGGCUGGACGGUCCUCGAUGUUGUAUGCUCAGCAACCAUUUUCUGCACUGCAACAACAAGCCUUGCACGGUCAGCUUGGCAUGAGCUCCGGCGGAAGCACAGGCCUUCACAUGCUCCAAACUGAUUCUAGCACUGCAGGUGGGAGUGGAGCACUUGGGGAUGGCGGGUUUCCUGAUUUUGGACGCGGUGCUUCGGGUGAAGGCAUUCAUAGUGGCAGGCCAAUGGCAGGAGGAAGCAAGCAAGAUAUGGGGAGUGCUGGAUCAGCUGAAGGUCGUGGAGGAAGCUCCGGAGGUCAGGGUGGUGAAACCCUUUACUUAAAAGCGACCGAUGACAGGAACUGAAAGUAAUGCCGGUUCGACCUAUGGGUCUGUUUAUCAUUGGAUUUAGGUGAGUUAGUUACGAAGAUAAAUUUAGUAAACGAAGUCCGAAAGUGGUGAAGUUUUCUUGCUGAAGGAACUUGUUCCUGAGACACUGCAUCUUAUGGUAAUGUAACGUGUAAAUUUGUAGGGUCUCAUGUUUCAGCUUUGCUUAAUUUCGUGUGUUUUACUUUUAAUGUGGUUACUAUGACUGUUUGGACCAUGUUUCAGUGGAUGAAUUUUGAUGUCCAUUUGCUGAGAUUGCAUAUGAAAAUUAUGUGUUUCUUGCACCCAAUUC